AUGUCCAGUUUGACACUUCUCUCAGAUCAACACAAGCUCCUCUCGAGCUCAAGCUCCACCUUUCCUCUCGGAGGAAGGUCAAACCCUCUAAUAACAAAUUCUCCUUCGAAGAGACCAGACCCGCCUUCGAAAGAGUUUCCGACGGCAGAAGAGUCACGGGCGAAGCGAAGAAAAAUCUUGAUCGCUGACGAGUUGUAUCGCCCUUCAAGAUGUUACCCGAUGCUGUGGAGCAGCCAGGAAAUACGAAUGUUGGAGCUCGACUCAGGAGAAAACAGUAGCCUCCUGCAUGGAAAUUUUCAAAAUGUGCUGUUGGAAUCCAAGCAGGAAAUACGAAUGUUGGAGCUCGACUCAGGAGAAAACAGUAGCCUCCUGCAUGGAAAUUUUCAAAAUGUGCUGUUGGAAUCCAAGAGGGCAAGAUAUGAGGCCCUUUCAUACACUUGGGCCGAUUCUUCUGGAGACUCUGUUAGGCGCAGACCAAUGUUCAUUGGACCAUACUGGGAUAUCAUCCCCAUUACUCGGAACUGCGAAAAUGCUCUCCGUAGCGUUCGACUGGUUGGCGGUAGCUCUCGGACUCUUUGGGUUGAUUCUCUAUGUAUCAAUCAGGACGAUAAGGAAGAGCGAAAUGCUCAAGUCGCUCUCAUGCCACAGAUAUACGCCACGGCUAUUGGGGUUUUGGCAUACCUUGGCUCAGCUACUGAUGACAGCGAUAGAGCCCUCACGGCUAUAUUCAACUCAAUGUCUCAUCGCAACUGUGGUCACAACGGGGAAGAGAGAAAAGCUUGUGCAGAAUGCGAAGGACCUAUCCAGAUGCUUUUUAGUCGACAGUACUUUCGGAGGCUGUGGGUUGUUCAGGAGGUUGUUCUGAGCAGAAAGCUGACGCUUUACUGUGGCUCAAGGUCAACUCCUUGGCCUUUCUCGGGAAUAUUGACCCCUUUUGUUCACAAUUCCUGGAUUAUCACACGGGACAAAGCUACACUCUGUCCUCUACGAAAUCUUCUCGGCCUCAUGAUAGACACUAGCGACUGUUUAUGCAAGGAUCCCCGGGACAAAGUAUUCGCUCUGCUAGGCUUAGCCUCGCGAUGGAAUACGUGGCCAAUCUACCCCGACUACAAGCUUACCGUGGAAGAGGUCAGCAUUGGUAUUGCGGCAUAUUUGACGCAGAAAUGUGGCCUCGGCUUGGCCGUUCUUCUCUUUGCAGGUGCAAACCGAGCUAGGCGGAGCACUCUGCCCUCCUGGAUUCCAGACAUACAGGUACCGUUUCGUGAACGGGGCAGUGGUGGAAACCUUUACGAGAGGCUCGUAAAGUCCGGAAAAAUUGAGGGGAGUGAGAGGUCCAGGUUCGAUAACGUCGUGUUGAACAUGGGAACUCUCUCCUUGCAAUUGCCCUCUCCCUUCGAUAUUCAUAUCAUGUCGCGAAGCGGAUACUUAGAGGUCACGGCAAUCAAAAUUUGCAAUCUUCGGAGUUUCUUCACUGAGGACGGUCGAUAUCGGCAUUCGUUCGUUCGACCUGGAUUCAAAAACGGUCCGGAAAUGAAAGUUACACUCAUUCUCCCAAAACCAUCACGCAUAUACCGAGAUACCAAUGAAAUUGACGUCUCCCACCUCAUACAACAAAAUGACAAUAUUACCUCGACACAGGUGAAGUGGCAAAAAACAUGA